AUGGAUCAUCAAUGGCGGCCAGUCCCGCCUCCCCAUUCUCAGCCCAACAUCUGCCCUGUUUGCUCCGCUUCCCAUUACCCGUUCUGCAACCCGUACCCACACGCUCCGCCGCCACCGCCACCGCCACAUCAUUAUCCUCCGUACUACCAAAACCCUGGAUUCCCUCCGCAGCAAUAUUAUCCUUGGCCGGACCCUUAUCAUGGAGCAGCCCCAGCCCCAUAUAUGCCGACUCCACCAGGCUUGUGGGAGAGAAACCCUAAUCCUGAUUACGGCGAAGGGUUUCGCCCGCCAAUGCAGCAUAGUGAUUACGGUUCUGGCAAUAAUUAUGCUAAUGGUGGUAAUGGCUAUGUUAGUGAAUUAGAUAGGAGCAGUAAGAGGCCUAGGGUCGAUCCAAUCGGAUCGACAGAGUUUAAGGGCGACACGAAUCCAAAUUCAGCAAUGUUUUCAUUCGACGACGAGCGUAGAUUGAAGCUGAUCCGCGAUCACGGUGGUGUCUCCGGCCACGAUAAGAAUACCGAUUUUGAUGAUGCAAAUGGUGGCAGGAUAGCAGGGCCACCGAAUGGAGAUGCCGUUGGUCGCUACAGUCCGUUUCAGCCUAAUGUUCAUCAUGACCCAGGGAGUAGAAAUGGAGAUGUCAAUUUGGGUCAUAAUCGCUAUCCCAAUUCCAAUGUGAUCACUGGGCAUUCUAAUAUGAAUUGGCAGAACCAUCUGCCUCAGUCAAUUAAUGGGAUGGCUGAUCACAGAGGAAACGGAGUAAGUAACGGGUAUGGUGCUCCGAUCUUGAAUGAACAAAGAGUUUACCCGCCGCACCAUGAGAGGUUUGCUCCUCCUCUGCCAGCUUCUCCGCCGCCACCUCUUCCCAACGAGAGGUUCAACGGCUCUUCACCUCCAGCAACGCUGUUUCCCAUACCUAUUAGCUCCCCAGCUACCAGCAUUUACGGCCAUAGUAAGCCGCUUCCACGUGAUUCAGCUGCCUAUGCGUCUGAGUGCCAUGGAGAUCACCAAGCCUUUGCAAGGAAGGAGUUAUCUCCACCGGGGCCAAUGAUUGUAGAUGCUUCUCACCUUUUUAAGCAGCCUUAUCGUGCUAAUCGUCCUGAUCAUAUCGUGAUCAUACUUCGUGGGCUUCCUGGCAGUGGUAAAAGUUACUCUGCAAAGAUGAUGAGAGAUAUGGAGGUUGAAGGUGGUGGUGAUGCUCCACGAAUUCACUCGAUGGAUGAUUAUUUCAUGACCGAGGUUGAGAGGGUGGAAGAGAGUAAUGUUUCAAAGUCAUCUAACUCAACCAGACACAAGAAACAAAUUGUCAAGACGGUUGUGGAGUAUUGUUAUGAGCCGGAAAUGGAAGAGGUGUAUCGAGAAAGCAUGCUGAAAGCAUUCAAGAAAACCCUGGAAGAGGGGUCUUUCAGGCUAGUGAUUGUGGAUGACCGCAAUCUGCGGGUAGCUGAUUUUGCUCAGUUUUGGGCAAUCGCAAAGAGGUCGGGCUACGAGGUGUACAUAUCAGAAGCUGCAUAUAAGGAUCCUGGGGGUUGUGCUGCUAGGAAUGUGCAUGGUUUUACCUUGGACGACAUACAAAAAAUGGCUGGGCAGUGGGAAGAGGCUCCAUCUAUGUAUAUGAAACUUGAUGUCAAGUCAUUAUUUAAUGGAGAUGACUUGAAAGAAAAUGGAAUCCAAGAGUUUGAUAUGGAUACUGAGGAUACAGAGGAGAAUCAGUCAUCACAACUUCAAGUAGGGCUUCCUGAAAAGACUGUGGUUCCCUCAGUAGGGGAAGGCAUAGCUCAUGCUUCAGUUUCUGCAAUAGACGUGAAACCUCGGGACGGUGAAGAGGACCAAAUGGUGGGAGUAAAAGAGCUUGGCAAAAGUAAGUGGUCAGAAGAUUUUGAUGAGGAUGAUAGGAAGGGACAUGGAGAUCUUAAGGGUAAAAGUGCAAAUGCUCUUUCUGGAUUGAUUCAAGCUUAUGGGAAAAAAGGAAAAUCUGUGCAUUGGAAUGAUCAGAUGGCCAAUACUGGGUUCUCCAUAGGCGCAGUGAAGAAAGCAAAUAUGCAUUCCCUUGUUAUUGGCCCAGGGGCUGGUUAUAACCUGAAGUCAAAUCGAUUGCCUGAAGACGAGAGUUUGACAACAAUAACAGGGCAGAGUAGUAGUAGGAAGACGAGGAGGCAGAGUGGAUUCCAAGAGCGGCUGCGGGCUGAGCAGGAAUCCUUCAAAGCUGUUUUUGAUAGGCGUAAACAGCGGAUAGGCGUACUUGAUUUCGACGAGGAAUAA